UGGGAAGAGUGGGGGCCCUUGAUGCUCAGGCUGGAGCAGAGGGCUCCUUCCAACAGGGGCCACCCUCCUCUAGCGAGUUGGGGGCAUGGCUCGAGGCUGGGGGGGGGCAAGGGUGGGGAAGGGUCACUGCCUUCAGGGCUCUGAGUCCUCCAGGAGGCCGAGACUGCCCAGGCCUGAGUGCAGAGAUGGGCGCCAUCCUGUGCGUGGUACCAGCUGGCCUGGGCCUCAGGUUGGAGCUGAGCUAGGUGACUUCUCCAGUCCCCCAGACCAGGAGCAUCCGAAGCCUCUGGGUUUGAUCCAAGCACCCAUUCAUAACCACCCCUUCUCCAGAAACCCCUCUGGAGAACCUGAGAAUCUCCCUUUCCAGUCAGCUAAGCAACUGGUGCACUGGGAGGCUGGGGAACCCGUACGCGGCUGCUGGACACGGAAAGCCGGCCACACCUGCCUGCCAAGGCAAGGGGCGUGGCAGGGGGGCUCCUGUUGCUGGGGUGCUGGGCGCUUCUCUAAACAGCUGGGCUGGCCACGCCCUUCUCCUGGUUCACAGGAGACUCAGCGGGCGCAGGCCCAGAGCGUGCCAGCCAGGGCAGCAGGCAGCCAGCGCCCACCACAGGCCCAGCCACGAGUCGGGCGUUUGAGCCUUCGCACAACUCCCGGAGCAGAUGCCAUCGUCCAGCUUUUAAAGGGCCUGUGCUUAGCUCAGGACCAGCACUCCUUGCUGACCACCCAGAGCCAGUGAGGAGGCCAGUCGGGACACAGCUCGGGCCCAGGCUGGCGCGGGCCCCGGG